UCAUUGUUGUUUACUUAUUAAACAUACAAAAUCUAUACUCGAGAAUAUUUAAUGACAGCAAUUAUUAAAAUAUAUUAUUGUUCUCAAUUGUUAAUUAAAUGUAUUUUAUAAAUAGUAAUUGUCAGUGAAAUUUAUGAAUAUUGGUGAUUUUGUUAAAAUUAUUAUGUCAAGAAGAAAAAAUAUUAUUAAUAUUUUGAACAAUCUUAACAACAACAACAACAACAACAACAACAAUAAUAAUAAUUCUCGACAGUACGACAACGUGGAUUACACUCAAUUGACAGAAGCUGAUCAUAAUGGAUUUGUUGAUUCACAGUUUGCAAGGCCGCCGAUUAAAAUUCCCUGGAAAGCAAUAACAUUAGCGUCAUUGUUGUUUAUCGGUGGAACUGUAAUGUUGAUUAUUGGGAGUCUUAUUGUCAGUGGUCAUAUUGACACUAAGUACAGCGACCGUAUGUGGCCGAUAAUAAUUUUAGGGAUCUUAAUGUUUAUCCCGGGUGCUUACCACGUGAGAGUAGCGCUAAUGGCGUACCGAAAAAUUCCCGGGUAUUCUUUUGACGACAUACCUGAAUUUGAUUAAUUUUAAUUGUACUUAAAUAAUAUUACUAGUGUUAAUCAAAGCUUGCAAUUAUUUAUAUUUUUCUAAUUAAUAAUAUUAUUUAAACUGUAAUUUCUGCACAAUUUAAAUAAAAUAAAUUUAUCACAAAACAAAGUUAAGUAUAAAAUG